AUGUCCCAGUGGGAAGAAGAUGAGGAUGAAGAGCUCUCCCAUUGGGAAGAAGAUGAUGAUGAAGAGAUGCCAAGGAUGGCCCUGCUUGGUGGAAUGGAGAGAGGUCCAAGCUCAUCACGUGAACUGCCAGGAAUGGAGGAAAUGUCGUGUCAUCAGAAGGUGCUGGAAUGGCUGGACGCCAACUUCCCCAAUGAUUAUGGAGUUGAGGAGGAGGAGGAGGAAGAGUACGAAUAUGAUGGAUAUGAAUUUCUGUCCUCCCAAGUGUGGAAUCAGUGGAAGGAGCAGGCGGAGGCCCGGUUGGAAGAGGUGUUGUACUCCAUGUCAUUCCUCGGUGUCACAGUCGGUGACCUUGUGCUUUCUAAAAGGAAGCGCUGCAGAGACCAAAAGAUGUCCCGAGGGGAAGAUGGCAGCCAGGCCAAGCAAAGGAGACUCCUGCAAUGGGCAAAGGAAUUGUUCUUGGUGGAGCUGCCCUGCGAGGCUCCAGCCCACAGGAGAGGCCUGGGGGACAUCAGGUGUGGUCCCAGCUGCAGGUUGGCACUUGAAAGCAGUGCCAGGAGUGGGAAAGUUGGAGAGAAAACAGAUUAUCCAGAGCCACACUUGAUCUGUCUCCUCUCCCUCAGCGCACUUGGAGGUGGUUCUGGAUAA